AUGUCUAUGCUACCACCCAAGACCGACAAGGAUUUAACUCACGACGAAAGAAUCAUUAUAGACUUGUGGUCUGAAUACUUGAAAACGGAUUUCGAUAAGAUGUGGCAGUAUCAGGCAGAUGAAGAAGAUAAUGUCGUAGAGAAGAUCUCUCGACAAGUGGGCGGAGAUCUAAAUACCAGCGCCAAAAUCAGUUCCGCUUACAAGAAAAUUCCCAAAGGCCCAGGACUUCCCGAUUCUGAGCGUAUUUUAAUCGUCAAUAAGGCUCGCCGCUUUUUACACAAAUGUUUCAAAGAGGGGAAGGGUUUUGCCUUGGAUCCCGCCGCAUCUGAGAAACUUGUCGAUGAGAUUGAAGUUGAAUGUGGUACUAGACUUGAUAUUUCCGACAUUGGAUAUCAUUAUCUCAAGUACAAAAAAAGAAGUUAUGCAGACUAUCUUGUACUGGAAUGGGCUGUGCAUUGGAACACUGAGUACGAAACUGACCGGGACCGCGAAGAUGCAGGAAAGCGUGUCGAGUCAACGCUCAGACACUUCUUCAAAAAUGCUACAAGCGAGCAAGUUAUUAAAGAUUAUUAUAUGAAAAGACGCGGGGAUGAUGAAACAGAGUUCCCUAGCAAGCCAAAGGAGACUCUGGAGGAACGUCGACGAGCGGCAAGCAGCGGGUCAAGAUACCCAAGAUAA